AUGUCGGACAUGGGCUGUUUUGCUAGUAAUGUCGGACAUGGGUCUGUUCUUGAAGCGGGACUUUUGGGUUUGAUUUUAGCUAUGGAGUUUGCUGCUAGUAAUCAUUGGAUUCGUUUGUGGAUUGAAUGUGAUUCUUCUAGUGUUGUGCAUGCCUUUAAGAAUCCCUCUGUUAUUCCUAUUUCUCUUCGAAACCGUUGGCAUAAUUGUUUGCAACACGGUAUGACUGUUCUUUGCUCUCAUAUAUUUCGUGAGGGAAAUUGUUGUGCUGAUAAGCUUGCUUUUAUUGGUCAUUCUCUGACAAGCACUGUUUGGUUUGAUUCCUUGCCUCCUACUUUGGCGGUUGAUUUUGCUAGGGAUAGAAGUGGUUUGCCCAAUUUCCGUUUUCCUUAG